UCGAGUGUACAAAAAAUAGCAGUUUUGGCGAUUAUCCGGGAGAUAUCAGACUCUAAUCUGGAGACCGGGAGAUACGGUCCAAAAUUUGGAGUCUCCCGGAUUAUCCGGGAGAGUUGACAGCACUGCAGUGAGUGAUAAGACAUUUAUAAAAGGAUUGCUUGCUAUUACGGGACUAAGAACUCUUCAAAAAUCACAAUAAACGCAAACUUCGUUAACAAGACCGUAAAAUCACGUUUCUCUGGCGAUAAAACGGCUCCUUUGGCUGUCAGUUUUCACCGCGUUUGGGCCGCCAUAUUGGAUGAUUUCGAGAAUUUCCGAAGUCGGCCCGAAUCGGAAACUCGUUCUUAGUACUCCUUGGCUGUCCUUUUGAACAUUAUUUAGGCACAGCCACACUGACGUCGAGAAAUAGCAUAAAUUAGCCAUAAUUAUUUUUUCUCGCUUGGAUCAAAUGCAGUCAAAAAGUGCUGUUGAUGAUUUAAAGCUUCCACUGGAUUGUCUUUAAAAUUAAAAACAUUUUGAUGAGUAACCUACUUAAUCGUAUCAUUACAUCAUCGUCGCACCCUAACAACUGAUUCUUCUGUUGACUAGGGGUCAAUGAUUUAAAACAUUUUAGUUUUACAAAAAGUAUAUUUAUAUUAAAGCUUAAUCAUUUUAAUGUUAUAAAAAGGAAACAUUUCACUCUCCAGUCAUGUAACUUAUUGGGCUAUCGAACGCUAAAAAGAAAAAUUUUGUUUGCCCUGACAUAUUUGUAAGCGCCUUUUGGACCAUAUGAGGGAACAACACAAAAAGAAUAGUUCGAUUAGGUGUGAAAACAAAAAAAAAAAUCAGCUCUCGUGUCAAUAAGACAAACUGUUAAAGAGUAAGAAAAAUUGCUCACCGUCGGGAAUUCUAUGUUGGCUGUCUGAUUUCCAUGUAGUUGAUAUUUCUAGCCAAGUGAGAGACGUGACGCGAUGCCUAUCCAUUUUGAAAAAAGAAUGUAAGCAGCUGCUGUUUACUGCUAUUUUGGAACUUUUGCAAUGUGUUUUGAAAAAUAUUUAUUUCAAAGAGAAAGGGAAAUAGUAUCGUAUUAAUUGUGACAAAAAAUAGACACAGCUGUUCGAAUCAUUUCCGAUCUACAGACUUUUCCUAAAGCCCAAACGAAAUACUUUCUAUUGGUCGUAUUCAAAUCUCUGGUGCAACUACGAUACCAAAUGCAGCUGAAUAUUGAAUUGUCCGGUGCAGAUAUUUGAAUGCGAUUUUCAAAGUUUUCUUUUUUGGUCUUUAAAAUUUAACUUAUACUAACGUCUAAUUCUAAAAUAAGAACAGUUGAUCCCAUAUUUAAGGAUGCGUGUGUAUUUUGCAAUUAAAUCACUUGAGGUUUGAAACAUUUUGUCUAUCCCUUAUUUAUUUUUCCUAUUUAUUAUCCCCUUUUAAUUUUAAACCUAAUCUGAAGCAAUCUGCAGUUACCUGCAAAGGAAAAUUAUUUUCAAGAAAUGUUCUCCUGUCUCUUAUUAAAAUGAAAAGCUAUCAGGAAAAAACACAAAAUCAUUUCCCUUCCGUGUCUAAAAACUUUAUUUACUACUCAAUUUUCCCUUCAUCAUGAUAGCAAUGCCUUAUAGUUUUUCCUGUGGAGGAAAAUUUACAUAUUUAAAGCCAUCCAUUUUGCCACCUAAUACAGUACAUGUAUUCAUGUACUUAUCUCACACGUUUCUCUCUGCAGUUAGUUUUAUAGAAGUUUGAAAGAGAAAUAAAAGGAAUAUAGUGCCACUGAUUCUGAAUAAAACACAAAUCGCGACAGUGCUAACAUAUCCAAAUAUAAUACAAAUGCAAAAAUGCAUGCAGUGAUACCUAACCUAAACCAGUUGGACACUAUGGUGAAGAAAAUUAAAAUUAUAUAUUUAAAACGGAGGUUUAGGACGAACGUCGAACUUUUCAUGAACGUAAUUCACUACGUUUGGCUCGUCUCAUGAAAAGACGUUUGGCCUAGGCCUUAGAGGCUGAGUUAUUUCAAGGAAACUUUUACCAACAAGGCUUAAACAUGAAUAAACCCACUACAGUAUUUAAACGCGAGGUGGUCUUUUAAGACCUUAUUAAAAUACGUAUUUUCCCAUAGUGAUCACCCAGCUCACUCCAAUAAAACUGAGUAAGAAGAAAAUUAUCCCUGUUGUAAAAGUAAAAGUAAAUUUAAGGGAAGGAAUGUUUUCGUAAAUAUUGUGGUGAAUGGCAAACAAUUAAACUAGAGUUGCUUAUUGUAAACGAGCAUUUUAAAUUCGAAGAAUGUAAUAUUAGUACGGCAAGGUUUUGGGAUAACACUCUCAGGGAAACAAUAAGGAGCGAGCGACAGUGAGAGAUAUGUCCAACACUUGUCGGAAAUUAGCUGAGAUGAGGCAGACUUUAAGAUCAAGCUCUGUCAACUUUAAAAUUUGCACUGAAUUUAUUGAUAAAUGGCUCGAUAAAACAGAGUGUACGUCUCUUUGAAUAGGUAAAUAUAUCUGUUUUUUCUAUUUUUUUUUCCCAAGCCCCUUGCUCUGAAUAGACCUUGGCACCGUUUGUACACAAAACGUCAUUUUAAAACUUACCAACCUGCAUUUUUCAUAAACUGAGUUCCGCGUUUUUUUGAGUCUAAUAUUUUACAAAUUAAUGACUAGUUUAAUUAAUAACUAUUCUUUGAGAUCGAGGAAAAUAUUGCUUAAGACACUAUUAACCUUGAAUUUUAACAAUAUCAGAAAUAAAACCAUUACAAGUUGACUUGAAUGACGGGUUUAUUCAUGCGCGAACUGUGCAUGCGUUGCGCUGAACACGCAACAUGCGCUUAAGUCAGAUCUUCAUGUUUAUACAGAAUUUUCAUACAUGGCAAAUUCUACUUCCAAUCCUUUAACUUGCUAUAGCGUCAAUGGCUUUUAAAAGUUUAAUUUGCAACCCUCGCCCAAGAUGAAACUAGCUUUGCAAGUGCUGUCAGGUGCGGCUCUGAUAGAAGUGGGUGUCGUUUUUCCCGACAAUGAAACACACACACAUAAAGCGUAAAUCACCGUUGGCUUAACACUAGUAACAAACCGGCUUUACGAACUUAUAUGCGUUUCGACUCGACGUUUCACACUCUACAUCAAUGGUCAGAAUAUAAUACAGUAAAAUUGUUGUCUAAUUAAUUGAGCUAAGAACAGAAGAAUAAUUAUAAUUAUUUUCAAUUGAUUGUAUCCCUCACCCAUUACAUGUAAGCACCUUUGAUUAACCCCUUUGUGAUGAAAGUUGAUAACGACAAAAUUAAAUUUUAUUCUACGAAGCUAAAAGAUUAAAAGGAAACAAACCGAUGGUUUUUAGACCGAGGACGCAUUUUAAGGGGGGUGAAGGGUAAAGAACCGUCCUCCAGGCGAACAUUUUCUCUUUGUCUUAGGCGAUUUUCGAUGGCAACAGGACUAGGUUUUAUCGUACAAAGUAUUCGUCAACUAAAAAAGGGUCAGAUUCCCACGUAGGUGAUCGAUGGGCAGGUUGAAAUUAUUACAAGGAUUUGAGUGUCUACAGAUUCACACCUCUACAUCUCAAGUUGGAUGUAAUUAUCACUGAUUUUUAAAUGUAUUUGUCUUUCAAGUUUCACGUGUGCAGAAAUAUUAAAGGCCUCAUUAUUCCAACAAUGGGGUAACCGAUUGAACGAUUAUGUCCAUCUUACACAGUGAAGGUAACUUUUCCCAUCGGAAAUAGCCUAAAACAUCUCAAAGUUGGACGGUCUAACUUUUUUUUUGUCCAUAACUGAUCCUCAAUUCUCAAAUAUUAAUAACAAGGAUUAGAUUCAACCUUAUAAUGUAAUUUUCUAAUUGAUAUACUGUAUGGCUAAUUUGACUUUUUUAACAUUUUUUUUCUUGAAAGACAUUUUUUAGCAGCAGUAUCCCACCUCGUAUUUCCCUUCUCAUUCAAAUUAAGUUUUCUUCUUAAAAAGUUUUAUUAACACAAGAACUAAUUGUAAUUAAUUAGUUGUAGUCAAAUACAAUGACCCACUCAAAUAGCCUAUUGAACAACACGUCGAGUUUACUUGUGGGUCAAUUAUCACGCCGUUAUGAAGAUAGCCUGAUUCUUGGACUUCUGAGGUCGUUCGUGGCCGCUUCGCUUCUCUCCGUGAAGAAGGUUCAGUGACGAUGAAAAUUGUGUACUCAUAAUGAAUUCCAUCGCAGGUUUACUAUUCUUAUAUUUGAAAAUCCUUCUCAGUGCUGGAGCAGAAAAAGACACAAGAAUCGAAAGACGUUCCACUCUGGGCGCCAUUAUAACAAAGAAAGGCUUCUGUUUAAAGGGUUUUUCUUUUAAGCAGGCGAGAGUAUCGAGCUUUACCUCAUGUGGCCAGGUUUGUCUUAAAGAUCCGAGGUGUAUUUCCACAAACUUUAACCUUCUAAUUGAAGACAAAAGGUAUACUUGUGAGUUAAACAGCGCUGGCCUGCAAGAAGACGACACGUUGGUACCCCAUAAAGGGGUGCUGUUUUCACAGUAUGCUUACAAAAAGGUAAGCUUACAUACAUUACAAUCCUUGAUAACGAGAAAUAACUUAAAGAAAAUAAAAAUAAUAAAAACGAACAUUUCUGUCAGUUUAAAAAGCACGAGAUAUUUGAGCUAUGGACGCUGUUUUCAUUAAUGUGGCUAUUGGAGGUGUUCUCCAUGGUUCGCUAGGCCUUUUGUUCAGAUACUGACGAUUUAAUGAACUUGUUUGAAUAUCAAAUACGAUAGAUUGACGCUUAAUAUGAUAGACCUCAGUUUUAACCCACUUACCAAUUCUUUAAGGCGGCUGCUAAGAAAAAUGAGACACUAACAAGAUACGAUUACGCCUUUUGAUUUUAUGAAGGACCACAGACUAAUACAAAGGUAAAGUAAAAAACUAAACUCUGUUUACUAUUUUUUGAUAGCACACGUUUCAUGACAUAAAUGAAGAGCACACGGAUGGUACAGUAAAUUCUUUAUUCUUUCUUUGUUCUUGA